UGCGCCUGGGCCGCCAGCGACUUGGUCCGGGUCCGCCCGGUGGGCUAAGGUUGCGGAGGAGGCGGCGGGUGGCGCGGAGGGAGGCCGCUGACUCUGGGAGGCCGCCGUCUGGGCGAGGUGUCCUCAUGACUUCUCUCGCGGACCAUGUCCAUGAUCCUUUUUGCCUGUGUGGUAAGGGUGAGGGAUGGACUGCCCCUCUCGGCCUCCACUGACUUUUACCACACCCAAGAUUUUCUGGAAUGCAGGAGACGGCUCAAGACUUUAGCCUUGCGUCUGGCCCAGUAUCCAGGUCGCGGUUCUGCACAAGGAUGUGACUUCAAUAUACAUUUUUCUUCUUCCGGGGAUGUGGCCUGCAUGGCGAUCUGCUCCCGCCGGUGUCCAGCAGCCAUGGCCUUCUGCUUCCUGGAGACCGUGUGGUGGGAAUUCACAGCUUCCUAUGACACCACCUGCAUUGGCCUAGCCUCCAGGCCGUACGCCUUUCUCGAAUUUGCUCCCAAUUUCCGAAUGGAACCAGUGACAGCCCUGGGUAUCCUGUCCCUUAUUCUCAAUAUCAUGUGUGCUGCUCUGAAUCUCAUUCGUGGAAUCCACCUCGCAGAACAUUCUUUACAGGUUGCCCAUGAGGAAAUUGGAAAUAUUCUGGCUUUUCUUAUUCCUUUUGUAGCCUGCAUUUUCCAGUGUUACCUGUACCUGUUCUACAGUCCAGCCAGGACGACGAAGGUGGUGCUGAUGCUGCUCUUCAUUUGCCUGGGCAACGUGUACCUGCACGGGCUGAGGAACCUCUGGCAGAUCCUCUUCCACGUAGGAGUGGCUUUUCUGUCUUCACAUCAGAUACUGACGAGGCAGCUUCAGGAGAAGCAGUCCGACUGUGGCGUGUGAGGGUGGCUUCGUGUGAGGAUUGGAUCCUUCCAUCUUCUUCUGAGGGUCAUCUGUGUUUCUCUUUUGGCUUCUCGACCUCACCUCAGGUUUCCAUGCUUGAAGUUCAUUUCGACCAAACUGGACUGAAACCGAGACUUGGGGACUUGGAACAGGUGCAGUUGAGGGUAUGCGGUCGCUUGAUCCCCAGUCGCUGUUCUGUGCUGAGUGUUUCUGCAGGAUCUCCAGUUUGGCACACAUCCUUAGGAUGGCAGACGCUGGGGGCUCGUUCAGAAAGGCAUUAUUGGCAGAUCAGAACUAUUUUGGUCUUUUAAAUUGAAUGAUGCAAUAAACCACUAGAUUCGAUAAUACUAGUUUUAGUAAUUGGCAGUUGUCUGAAACCACUUUGAAAUCCAUAUCAGCUUUUCAGUACAAGUGUGACUUGGUUAGUUUUUUUAGAGGGUCAGUACAGGGUAAAUUGAAAACUUCAAAAUAUGGUUCGUAAAUAUAAGCAAGGUAAAUUUUGUUUACAUUUUUUGAUAACUUAGGCUCAAUACGAUACCUUGAGAAUAUUUAAAUAUAUUUUGGAUAUGAAUUGAGCUUGUCUUCAUUUAGGGUAAGGACAGACUUAAGCUGAGAAAAUGGCUAAGAAAGCUGAGUUUAUUUAAUUUAUAUAUGACCUUUGAUAGUGGUGGGACUGUAUGGGUACAGAAAUGUUUUGUAUUUAUUUGCAGGGUAUAUCUGAAUAUUUUAAAAAUUGAGUAACCAAUUCUACUGGAUUGUAGGCUUAUAAGCAUGAGCAGAAAUGAGUAUUUCAGGAUUCCUUACAUUGGGCCACAGACUGGAGUAGGUGAGUCACGUGGACUCACAGUGUCACUUUACAGACACAGGUGGAGGAGGCUGCUGUCAUCAGCCUUGUACAUGGCAGCCAAGUGCCUGUCAUUUUAAUGAUGGUGAAUACUUGACCCCAUGUACCUGUUCCCAGAAGACGUCCCAAAUUAAUCAUUCCUCUACACCUUUCCCAAUCGUCUUAAUGAGAUCAAUGGCCUCAUUUUUUAUGAACAAGCGUUAAGUAGGUAUUAACUUUUUUAAAGCUUUAUAAGAUAUAAUUAACCCUGUGCCCUGAAAAGUUAUUUUUCUUUCUUUCAUUGUCAAAAUAUUGAUUGAUCAUAGUUUCCCAAAAUGUGGACGUGAAUCCGAUCCCUGAGGUCUCUGGAAAUUGCAGCCUAGGUUGUCCGGUUCCAUUCAGGAGGCCAUUUCGGGGAACAAUCCAUUUUGGAUUGUUCUGGAAUCCGAAUAGUUAGACAUUCUAGAAGUUUGGAAUCCAAAUACCUCAGUCACAAUUGCAUGGUAUACUUGGGGUUGAAUUAUGUAGUCUUGAAAAAUUAACAAGUCCUAGUUUGAUAGUUUGUAAAAGUUGAAAACCAUUGAUUGCAAGAGUUUUUGAGCAUGGGAGGAAAGCAAGAAGAUUGUUUCGGGGAAUUCAGUUGUGCUUGGUUAUUACUGGUGGUGUAUUGUUACUGAGCUACCUUGGUGUCACUUUAAGAAAAACAAGUCAUGUGACUGGGUACUGUUGGGUAAAUGUUGCCACAGUCAUUUUAUUUUCUUAUAAUAGAAUUUUCUAUUUUUAAUCAAGUAAAAUACCUGAAUAUGAAAGUUCUAUUGGCAACAUCCUCAGAUGGAAAUUUCCAAAUUGUCUCUCUGUUGACUUUGCAUCUGCAUAGUUUUCUGCAUCCGCAGCAGGUGAAUGUUCAGGCUUUCUGGGAGGUAAUUUCGAAGAGAUGGUAAAAUAUAAUGGGAAGCCAUUGGAGGGGGAGACAGUCCUUUUACAGUAGAAGCACAAAAAAGCUUUAAAAGUUGGUAAGAGCAACUUACAAACAAUUGUUUCCUUUUCAAGCCCAUGUGCUAUUGGUGUUGCCGUGUAGCCAUGUACCCCAGAUGCUCUGGGGGUCUGAGCCUGUGACCCACAUUCAGCAAGAAGUGAAGAACAGCCCUUGAAGAGGACCCCCUCCUGGGGAAUGCUUUCUGCGCUGUCCACACUUGGUUGUAUGUGGUCUUAAUCAGCUUUACCAUCUACUUGGGGUUUGAGAUUUACUUUUGCAAACAAAAGGGAAAAGAUGCACUAGGCAAGCAGGACAAAAUCACAGCCACAUAAACAUUGUUUAAUGAACUGAAAUCCAGCAGAAAGAGGCCUCAGCUCACUGGAGGAAGAAAUGAGUGAUAGGGAAGGCGUUCUGGAGACUUUUUCCGAGGGGAAUCCCGGGCUCAGCGUUGACUUGGUCCAGGCCUGGAGGUUUGUGGCCUCUUGUUGUCACCCUCAGUGCCAGAAAGCUAGCUCCCCAUCGCAGGAGUUGUCCGCACCCACCACGGAUGCAUUGCCGAGCCAGCACCAGAGUUUCCCCAGUGCUGAAAUGCUCGCUGCCCAACCCACCUCACAGGGCUAGAUCUGGGAAUAGAUGAAAUCAAAACCGUGAAAGUGCCUUCUGGUACCAGGUGCUGCAAGACCUGGAGCAUCGGAGCGUGUCAUGUCCCAUCUCGUGGACCAGUGCUCGUGAGCAGGGCCCCCCGCCCCCAAGUACGCUAGUGAAGGAGACGCACACUCGGGCUCCUUGUCUCUAGGCUACUAGUAUGUGACGUACGUGAGGAGGACCUUUCCUGGGGUUCUUUGUCCUGGAUGGGGUCAGCCAGGGCCUAUUUAGGGUGGUGUUCCCUCCCUGUACUAGAGGCCCCACUGCCUGCAGCAGGAAUGGGACCAUCGUCGCCUCCUGGCUUGGCUUCCCAGGCUUGUCCCCCAUUAUCUGUGAACUCUGUUGUCAGGCAUUGUGAAUCAAGGCCCAACGCUUCAAAGUUCCUUACAGGGUGGGAACCGCGGUGGCGCCAGCAGUGCUGAGAUGAAAACAUUCAGUGGCCGUUUCUAUCAGCCUCACCUUGAGCUCCUGUUCUCCUACACGCCCCGUUCUGGUCUCCCCUGCCUCUUUCCACCUCUGCCCCACACACUCCAACCCUGGGAACAGAGGCUGGAACUGCAAUGUCUGGGGGGGGUGGGAAAGCCACUUUAAUUGUGUCCGUAGGGUGGGUACAGGAGCUUCAGAGAGUGGCCAGAUGGCACUGAGGCCCAGCCGUCGCCCCCUGUGCCAGGAGCUUCAGCACACACCUGGCAGGCGGGUCCGGGGGAAGUGGCACUUUGGUGGUCAGCACGGCUCAGCUUCAAAGAUGGCAGCCAGCAGGCAGGCUGUUUGGGGUGCCGGAAGCAGAGGCUGGGUGGGGAGCGGAGCUGGGGGUCCCCUGUCUGCUGGAAGGUAGCAGCUGCCCCUUGGCAUGGGGGCUGCCAUUUGCCGUUCCUCGAAGGAGUCGGCCGUUCAUUGUGACAUGUGGGACAGGUGGCCCCAGAGAACCUGCUGCCUGUACAGGGCAGCACAGGUGAGGGCCAGCAGGGAUGGGAGUGUUGACGGCGACCAGACGGUGUCCCCGCUCUGAGGUUGCUCAUUCCAGUUGUUCCGACAGAGUCCUGCCCAGGUACAGGGAGGCUCCACCUGUGCGCGGGGAGUGUUCAUCAUGGUGGAGGAAGCCAGAGCGGAUGUGCCCUUGAGAGAGGAAGGGGCGGGGAGUGCACUGCUCAGCUGGCUGGGAGGCCUGGGUUGGCUCUAAUGCUCCGCCCGGCACCGCCCAUCCGCCCCAGUGUCCUCAUCUGAGAAACGGGGACAGCAUCCCUGUCAUGCUGUCAUGAGAACAAGAGCCUGGUGGGGGGGAUACUGGGUGAACCCGCUGUUCGUGUGCAGGGGGAAGGCUGUGAGCGCACCCGCUGCGCCGAGGUUCUGUGAGCUCAGGCAGCACAGCACAGCCAUGUCUUCUGGCCUUGAUGAGAAAGGGCAUCUGAUGAUACUGCGGUGUCAAUUGCCUCAUCCUUUCACGCCAGAAAGGCCGUGGCCUCUCUUCCUCCUGCCUCCUGCCUCCAGGCACAGAGCCCUCGGCUCCAUCGGCUUUGGGUCCUCCUGGACCCAGGGAGGUCGGUUCUGCUGGUUGGGUUGGAGGCCUACCCUACGGGGCCAGGGACCAACCCUCAAGGUCUGUCCCUUCUCGGAGCAGUGACGUCAGACUCUGUUGUUGGGGAAAUGUCACUGGCAGGGAACCUGUGGAAAAUGGCUUGUUAGUAGAAUCUGGGAAUGGCCGGAUAUGGAAACAUCUGGCUGUGUGUACCGAUCGCAGAGCUAGCUGUUCCCCUCAAGCGCCUUUUAUUUAGGGUAAAAUUAUCAAAUCCAUUCUGUUCCUCUAAUCUGUGCUUGGCACAUAUGACCUUUUAACCCUUAUACGUAUACGAUUCUGGGGUUGCUCUAAAAAUAGUAUUUAACGAGUUAUUCAUAUGACCCCCAGGAUUCUGUUUUGUUUAAUGGACUUUCCUCCUAACAGGAUUAGAUUGGGGCCGAUUUAGCCAGGGCGAAACCAUUUAUUUCACAUAUUCAUUUUGAGUGCUUGCUGUCCGUGUUAUACAAGCUUCUUACUGUUUUUAUGUAUUAACAAAGAUCUAUUUUGAGUAAAUGCUGGGUACGUUUUAACAAACUUCCACACAGUGGUGAAGCCUACAUUUGUAUCGAUGUAUGUCAGGAAUGUUGCUUAGCCAUUUAUAUACUGUGUAUAUGUAAAUUAAAUGGAGUGGCUUCAGAAGUGGGAGGAGAAUAAAUCUAAGGUGCUGAUUAA